GUUUUGACUUUUGAAAUUUAGAAAACACAUUGUUUUGUUAUUAUUUAUACAGUAAAAACGUGUUUUUAAAUUAAAAAGUUGAAUAUAUAAUGCAAAAAUGAGCGAUAUCAUAGAAAAUGAUGAAAUCGACCGAGACAUUGUAUCGGCUGAAGAACUGGAACAACAAUUUAGUAAGAAAUAUAACUUAUUAACCGAAACUGCAGUUACACUUAGAAGAUCGUAUAUAAAUAAAUUGAGUGUUACAAAAUCUUUAAAAGUAGCCGUCAGUCAACAAGACAAUACAAUUGAAGUAUACGAGUUAACUAACACAGCUCUACGGUCGGUGUGUCACUUGAGUGGACAUGACAAGACACUCACAGAGGUGGUGUUCCACCCCAUUGAUGAUUUCCUGCUGUUUUCGACCGGUCUCGAUGGAUUGAUCAAAUUAUGGGAUACAAGAGCGAAUGGCGCUUGUAUACAGGAAUAUAGAGAGGAAUCAGACUGUCAGAUACGUCCCUACGAGUGUAUGGAUAUAUCAGACAUAGGCAACGUGUUCUGCAGCGGCAGCCAGCUGGUGAAGGAGGACUCCUACAUUGUGUUCUGGGACCCAAGAUCUGCCGACCCUCUUGGUGGAUAUUGGGAGAGCCAUACUGAUGAUGUUACCCAGGUAAAAUUCAAGCCCAACACAAACACAGUGCUAGCAUCGGGAAGUUCCGACGGGCUCAUAAACGUAUUCAACCUCGUGGAACAGCAAGAAGACGAGGCCCUAGCAUAUUCUCUCAAUGUUGAGAACUCGGUGGAGAAGAUCACCUGGUUGGAUGGGGAGAAGAUCAGCUGCAUCACGCAGUCCAAUGAUCUGCAGCUGUGGAAUACCACCACGGGGGAUAUGGUGAAAGAGUAUGGACGGGAUAAAGUGGCUAGGAAUAUUAAGAGGAGCCGAGACGACGAGUGCUACUUAGUGGACACGUUCAGUCUGUCCGACAACACGCACUGCCUGCUCGCUGGCUCACAUGCCGGGGAAGGCAACGUACUACGCUCACUGACGAUAUCGGACAAGCGCCUACAGCCCGCGACCGACUUCAACAAGAACAAGCAAGUGGUCCGCUGCUGCCAUUAUGAUAGUGCUAGAGAUUUAAUGAUCACAACGGGAGAAUCUGGUCUUAUAAGCGUGUGGAAGACUGACGUCACAUCAGAGACCAAACCCACUGACUGCAAGAUCAACAACCGACAGCACGAGCACAGGCACCGACCGUAUUAAUUGUUUAAAUAUAGCCAAUAAAUGUAUAGAAUCCUA